AAACUCUCCUCCUACACAAAGUUGGGCACUUAAACAACUUCCAAACCUCUCAGCUGAUCAGACUUGGUGCCCCCCCAAACCCACCCCCAUAAAACCGCACCACAAACACCAGUUCCAAGAUACAAAGUGGCAGAAGGGAAAGGAUCUGGUCCUUGGGUCGCUCUUCUCCAUCUCUCUUUGCUUCUCCUGCCGACCGAGCAGAGGACUUUCUCUUGCCUCCACCUUCUCCCCCGACCUGAGAGGACUCUUCUCGGCUUCCUUUGUCGCUGCAAACAGAACAAUCUCCUGCUUUCGGUCGCAGUCGGAGGCAGCUUCUUUGGCUUGUCAUUUGCCCCCCUCCUUCCUUGGGUUUUGUUGGGUUCCACCAGGAGAAGGGUCUUCUUCUACUGCCCAGUGGGGUAUGAUGGCUGCACUGCCAGGCACCGUACCAAGGAUGAUGCGACCUGCCCCAGGGCAGAACUACCCCCGUACCGGAUUCCCUUUGGAAGUAUCUACCCCCCUGGGGCAGGGGCGAGUCAACCAGCUAGGGGGGGUAUUUAUCAAUGGCCGGCCCUUGCCCAACCACAUUCGCCAUAAGAUCGUGGAGAUGGCCCAUCAUGGCAUCCGACCCUGCGUCAUUUCCCGCCAACUGAGAGUCUCCCACGGGUGCGUGUCCAAAAUCCUGUGCCGGUACCAGGAGACCGGAUCCAUCCGACCCGGGGCCAUCGGGGGCAGCAAACCCAGGCAGGUGGCCACCCCGGACGUAGAGAAGAAGAUCGAGGAGUACAAGCGGGAGAACCCCGGGAUGUUCAGCUGGGAGAUACGGGACCGGCUGCUCAAGGAUGGGCACUGUGACCGGAGCUCUGUCCCCUCAGGUUUAGUGAGUUCGAUUAGCCGAGUCCUGAGAAUCAAGUUUGGGAAGAAGGAGGAAGACGACGAUUGUGACAAAAAGGAGGAAGAUGGGGAGAAAAAGGCCAAGCACAGUAUCGACGGCAUCUUGGGGGACAAAGGGAACCGUAUAGAUGAGGGGUCCGAUGUGGAAUCAGAACCAGACCUCCCAUUAAAGCGCAAACAGCGGCGCAGCCGUACCACCUUCACAGCGGAACAGCUGGAGGAACUGGAGAAAGCUUUUGAAAGGACACAUUAUCCGGACAUCUACACCCGGGAGGAACUGGCCCAGAGAACCAAACUUACAGAGGCGCGUGUCCAGGUCUGGUUCAGCAACCGCAGGGCACGUUGGCGCAAACAGGCAGGAGCCAAUCAGCUAGCAGCAUUUAACCACUUGCUCCCUGGAGGUUUCCCUCCCACUGGGAUGCCAGCACUGCCUCCCUAUCAGCUCCCGGAGUCAUCCUACUCGGCAGCGAGCCUCGGCCAAGAUGGAGGAAGCACAGUUCAUAGGCCCCAACCUCUACCUCCCUCUUCCAUGCACCAGGGAGGCCUUUCCGCCGCAACUGCCGACGCGGGUUCCGCCUACGGCGCCAGGCACAGCUUCUCCAGCUACUCAGACAGUUUUAUCAACCCAGGAGGGCCUUCCAAUCACAUGAACCCCGUCAGUAAUGGGCUUUCCCCGCAGGUUAUGAGCAUCCUAAGUAGCCCCGGUGGGGUUGGACAUCAGUCCCAGUCCGAUUUCUCCAUCUCUCCCCUGCACAGUGGACUGGAAACCAGUAACUCCCUCUCUGCCAGUUGCAGCCAGCGCAGCGACUCCAUUAAGUCUGUCGACAGCCUGUCUACCUCCCAGUCCUACUGUGCCCCCACCUACAGCACGACUGGCUACAGCAUGGACCCCGUUGCCAGCUAUCAGUACGGGCAGUAUGGCCAAACCGCCGUUGAUUACCUGGCGAAAAAUGUCAGUUUGUCUACGCAGCGCAGGAUGAAACUCGGGGACCACUCGGCAGUACUAGGUCUGUUACCCGUGGAGACCGGCCAGGCCUACUGAAGCCAAGGGAAUCCUCUGCCAAUCAGAGCGGCUGUAUCCAUCUUCUGAGACCUGUCCAUUCCGCCAUCUUGCUUCAGGGCCACAAUAUCAAGGUGCUUCUCCGCUAUCCGCCUUCUAACUCCCUGCCACCCCAGGCGUCCGGCGGUUGCCAGGAGUUGCUUCCUGCACUUUUUUAAAAAAAAAAAAAAACAAUUUUGGCAAAUUUCCUGCCACUUCACGGUGACAAACUGAAGUUUUGGGGGGACCAAUCGCUUCUGACUUGUGAUGCUGAUCCCCCAGUAUAAUAAGCUCCGGGUAGUAAGAAGAAAAACUCAUUUUAUUGGUCUUUUUUUUCUUGAUUUUUUUUUCCACAGCCAAAAAACAUAAUUUGGAGUAAACGUUAAAGGACCAACGGAGACUUGCGAAUCUCAGAUAUGAACCUUAUAUCGAUUUCAUGGUGGAAAUUACAGUUCAAGGGAUCAGAUAUCAUGGAAAACGAUAAACCAUAAACUUUGCGCCAUGACUGAAAUGUAGUUGGCCAGGAAACCCACAAUGCAGAUUGGGAAGCCCCGCCCCCUGUUAUCUACAGCUUCUGAUUGGUUACAUAUUUUAUUCGCCUUGUAAAGGCUCAUUUCAAGCACCCCACUUGAAAUCUGAGAUACAGGUUAUGUUUGUAGUCUCAACUGCGGGAUCCGAUUGGGUGUACGGCCAGCCAAUACGAACAUGUGAUAUCACGUGAUGUCAUUGUACACAUCUUCAUCUUUGGCGCCCCUCUGUGGGGAUUCCAUGUCCUGCACAUUCCUCAAAGGACCUCAAGGAUGUAUUCUGAUACAUAUAUUAUCUGAUACAGAUAUUCUGAUUCUUCGGACCAACGCCCACAUUCAGAAUGUUUUACCAGGUCACCUUUCUUUAAUAAAAAAAAUAUGUCUUGUCGAUGACUGUCCCCUCCCUGGUCGGGAAGCCAGGACUCGCCAAAUGGUUCCGAGAGGUCCAUGAAAAAAAACUAAAAAACUUGACUGUGACUAAUGGGCCCCUUAAACGUAGAAAUAGUUGUGUUGUCGGACACACGCGUAUUGGGUCACUCAUUGUGACAUUGGAAGUCGCGGCCAACAAUGAUGUAAAUACGGACCUUGUGAUUCCCUCUAUGUGAAAGAAAGUCCCGAAUCAUUCCAGUGAGACGAUUGAUUUGAAGUUUUCUUGUGAGCAGUAAUAUUGACAGAUGUAUAGUAAGUUUCAUGUAAAUUCAUGGAGUGGUGUUGUCUGAAAAUGUACAUAGAAAAUCCCAAAUUAAAAAAAAGAAAAAAGUAUAUUUAAAAUAUCGUUAGCAGAGGAAGAAAGGGUUAAAGAAGCACAAUCAGAUUCCUAUAAUUACCCCAGGUUUGUAUCGACUGUAUUGGAGAUGUUUUUGUAUAACCUAUGGGCUGAACUGCUAAAGGGGUAGUAUGAUGUAGAGAGUAAUAUUCCGAGACCACUUGCAAUUGGUCUUCAUUAUUUAUUAUUUGUAGUUUUUUUAAUGAUUUCAGUAAUUGUUUAGCGACUCUCCAGUUUAGAGUUAUAGCAGCUCUCUGGUUGCUAGGGUCCAAAUGACCUUAGCAACCAGGGAGUGGUUUGAAUGAGACUCGUAUAUGAAUAGGAGAGGGAACUGAAUAUAAAGAUAAGUAAUAAAAAGUAACAAUAACAAUAAAACUGGAGCCUCACAGAGCAAUAGGGUUUGGCUGCCGGGGAAGAAGAAAACUAUAAGAAAUACAUAAUGAAGACCAAUUGAAAAGUUGCUUAGUAUUCUAUAUGCAUUCUAUAACACACUAAAAGUUAAAUUUAAGGUGAACCGCCCCUUUAAGGCAAUUCGGAGGACGAAGCCUCAACAAGGAUUAAGAGACUAUGGUGACUUUGCAUUCCAUGGAAGCAUCCCAACCCAAGACCCCCGAAGGAACCCCCUCUGUAUGCUCAGUGCACAUACGGACAUUAAGCCUUUUUUUUAUACUUCUGCAAAAAAUUCUGUCGAAUGUAGAUCCGGCAUUGUACCCUUCUGCGUAUGUAUUUGACUUCUAACAUGGACUUGCUUGUUCUAAUUCACAUCCAAGGAGCCACUUAACUAGAACUAGAUAACAUUCCAUCCACCCAGUUCCGCCUCUGUAUCUGACCCACAGCCACCUUGCCCCACGAGUGCGCGCUCGUACGCCUGUAUAUAUAUAUAUACAUAUAUAUAAUCCCGCUAUAAUUUAUUCAGCUAUAUUAUGUGGUAGAGUAGGAAGAUGAAUCAAUACCUGUUUUAUCCUGUCCGUGCUACAGAUGUUUGCAUUGCACUGAUGACCAGCAGCGGGGGGUCUCGCUACCUGCCGCCUGUAUGGGUUCUCUGUGUACCUCAGGCAUUCCUGUUAUAUAUUAAAGAAGAUGAAAUUCUAACCUG